GUACGCAGACUUGUCACAUUCUUUUUUGUUUCAUCCCUUGGGCUUUGACAUGGACCAACUAACUAACACUUUGGGGGGUUGGGGGCUUCUAGGUCAAAACUUCCAGAUCGUCGGAUGGGGCGACGGCCUGUUCGGGGCCGGCAAGACGACGUGGAACUUUGACAACCCGAUACGCCGCGACACCGUCACGAUCCCGGGCUUCUCGCACGUCGUCAUCCGCAUCCUCGCGGACAACCCGGGCGUCUGGGCGUUCCACUGCCACUACCUCUGGCACGCCGAAGGUGGUAUGUUCGUCUCUGUCGCACAGCGAAUGGGCGAGCUGUCCAAUAUGCUGGGCACGCUGGACGCCAACGGGGAUAUCGGGGCGAUCAAGAAGAAAUUCUGUCCCGUGCCGGCCCAACCUGCUCAGGUUGCUAAGCCGGCCGGAGUUGCGUGAGGUGGGGUUUUUUUUUCUUCUUCUUCUAUAUAUCGCAUGUCGAGCAGGGGCAAUGUUGGGUUAGCAUUUUGGAUAGCGAGAAC